AUGUCGUACUAUCUUGCCCUAAUAGGAACUCAAGACAAUCCCGUAUAUGAAGCUGAAUUCGGGACAUUCAAACAGGGUGGUGAUGGCAGUUCAAAAUUCUCGACGGAAAUGAGGGAACUUAACCCGUUCAUAAUACAUUCCUCGCUCGAUAUAGUAGAGGACCUUCAAUGGGUGAAGAAUUCUAUGUACUUGAAAGUCAUUGACAAUUUCUAUGGUUAUUACAUCAGUGCCUACGUCCUGCCUACCAACGUCAAGUUCUUAUUGUUACAUGAAGUCAAGAGCGAAGAAAGCAUCAAACAGUUUUUCUUCGAGUUGAAUGAUUUAUACGUGAAAACCUUGUUGAACCCUUUCUAUAACGUCAAUAAUGUCAUCAAGAGCACCAGUUUUGACUUGAAGGUGAAGGGAUUGGCCAAAAAGUAUCUUUGA